AUGAGCGAUACGUCGGUAGCGUUAAAUUUAAUUAAAAGCGACGUGGGCAUUGGCGAUGACGAGAUUCAAAAUGAAGAAACUGCCUUUGACGAGGAGGGGGAGGAUGGCGAUAACGUUGAGAACGAUGAUGUCGAACUCGUACGCAAGCCUAAGGCGGACGAUAUAUUUGCGGUGCUGAAACAACUGGAAGCUUUUAUCGGUGAGACUUCUGAGUCCUUUGAUGAAAGUCAACUUACUCGUCUGGACGAACUUUCUCGUAAUUUGCGCAAGGAAAUGGACAACUUAUCAUCAUAUUGUGACAUGUCUAGGAGCAAUUUAGAAUUUAUUCGCUCUCCAAUAAAAGGGAUUACAACGAAUAUCACUAAGAAAUUAGCGGUUGGUGGGAAAGAAUGCUGCAAAGAGACAGCGGAGGCUUGCCUGAUUGAGGUUCAACAGAAAAAGCUGAACCAACAACUUGCUGCACUUAACGACGAGUUAUUGAAAGCAUCAAAAUUCACUGCAGAAACUGAAUUAGCCUCUCUAAACGCCCAAAAAGCUUGCGAAGAGGCUAUUGCUAUAGCCAAUCACCUUAAAGCUGAAAUGGAGGAAAAAAAACGUUUGGCAGCCGAACAAGCUAGACUAGAUGAACUCUUGAAGCAGCAAGAAUUAGAAAGGCUACUUGAAGAAGAACGACGAAGAGAAGAGCAGGAGCGUUUGGAGCAGAUGCAGAUGCUAGCCAAACAAGAGGAGGCGUUUUUAUGGCCAACUUUUCCAUUGCAUCUUCCUACUUUAGCUGAAUUUGACGGAGGGAUUGGGUGUUUAGUAAAAGCUGAUCCUUCCUUGCUUUACGAAGGAGAAAUUCUUUGCGAAUAUAUUGAUAUCAUGAAAACUCGUUACGAGUUUUAUGACGACGAAGAAUUAGUCAGUCACGUGAUAAGAGUUUAUAUUCCGAAUUUCAAAUGUAACGAUGGCGUAGUUGCCUUGAAACCUGGCAUGUGUCUCUCUAUCCCUCACUGUAUGCCGCGACAUCAAACAAACAUCAGAGAAACAGCAAUAAAAAUGAUGCAACAUCAGUGCGUUGGCUGGACAGAGCUUAAAACUUCAGAGCAAACUUUUGACAGUUUCAAGGAUGUUCGAUUUGCUCAAGCGCAGACAAAUUAUUUAGGAACAUUUUUAGUUGUUUCAAGAAAUAAAAAAGCUAUUUCUCGAAUAAAAAGAAAAGGUGGACAUGUGGUUUCUAGUCUUGAUUCCAAAAUAAAGAUUACGGCUCCUCAAGACGCUUUAAUAAAGCCUGAGAAAAUAGUUCUCCAAUUACAACCACUGGACAAUAUAAAUUUAAAACAACUGAAAAAAACGUUAAUAUUAGCAAACAGUUUGCUGACAGCAAGUUCAAUAGUGAAAAUGUCAUGGGUCAACAAAACAUUUGAAAGUCCUAUUAGUAUGACCGUCAUUUUACCGCCAAAUCCAAUUGUUUUGAAAAAAAUGAUAAGGAACAAAAAUAAAGAAGAUGAUUCCUCUGGCGCCGUCAAAAAGAAUAAUAAUUUCGCAGAAAACUCGAUGAGAGUAAAUCCAACUAUGAACAAACCUGAGAUAGCAGGUACUGCAACAGCUAACGAAAACGAAGAUUCCGACCCCAAUCAGCCGAUGAACAAGCCCAUACAUUGGUACAUGGGCAUUUAUGAUCUGGAAACAGAGGACGAGAGUGAUAAUGUGUAUCUAGUGAGAAAAAAGAAAGACAAAUGGGUUGUUGAAAUUGUUAAUAUUGAGCCAACCGCAUUGCUCGAUGUGGUAACUAUAAAACUGUCAGAGCCCAUCGAAACUUUUGUUCUGCUGCGAACUACGGUUAGUAUUAACGCUAAAGGAGCCGAAAUCAUAGCAACGCAUUUGGAUGAAAUGAUGAGUCAGAAAAUUGUCAGUUUCAUCGUGUCUCAAGAUAGAACUACAUCAACUGAAUUUGUCGCGUCUGUCAUUCCUAUUCAGAAAGUGGAAAAGUUUAUUACUUCAAUGGAAGAAAAAAAUUAUAACGUAAUUUAUGAAAGAGAUCAAAAUUUUUUGAUGAAAGAAGGCGAAAAGUUUAGAAUAACAUUCAGAGGCAAUUUGAAAUACGUUGACGACCCGUCGAAGCUUGUAUCAAUGUUCAACGUCAAUUUCGAUUGCAACCUCUCUCUCUCGUUAAAAGAGCACGACAUAUUUGUUCAAAAGUGUUACGAUGUUUACAGAGGAUUCAUUCAACUCUCUAAAAUAAGUGAAUAUUUACCCGCGGACGAAAAGACAACCAGCAAAAUUCUGACAAACAAUGAAUCUAUUUUCAAAGUACCAAGUCUACCCCUAAAAAUGUUGGCGGAACACAUGGUAACCUUACCUAAAAACCAAGAUUUGUUAGCUUUGACAGUGAUGACACGAGCUGAAUUAACAUAUUUAGACAAUGAAUGUGAACUAAAGAACAGUAUGCUUACACGGCUAGCCCUCGAACUCGGAAACGAAUGGAUCGAACUUGGAAAGUUUCUCGGUGUUUCUUGCACUGUUUUGCAUACCAUUGAAAAUAAUGCUGCUCUACUGAAAAAAACUGACCUCGAUAAAAAGAUUGAAAUGCUAAACAACUGGAUCAAAGGGCUGAGUCGUUCGGCGAAUAAAAAAGAAAUCCUAAUACAAGCUCUCUUGAAAGUUAAGAGACCUGAUUUGAUACAAAUAUUUGAAGCGAGGUUUGAAGAGCAGCUUGUUGGCGCGUCCACGCAUCUUUCAAACCCAAAAAGUGAGUUGCUCAGCAGUAACAUCAUCCUACCGCUCUGA